CCCUGGGCACGGAUGGCGAAAUGCAAGGCAUAGAGCGCAUCCGCACAGCCCUGGGCGCACACAUGUGGCCGGGGCUGACACUCAAGGCGCAAUGGGGGGCGCGGGGUGCCCCCAUGCAGGGCCUCUCGCAGCUCAUGGGACUGGCGGGCAGCCAUGCAUCACACGUACAUGAAGACCAACCCGACUCACCGCAUUCGUCCUCGGCAUCAGACCACAGCACCGACAGCGAUGACAGCGACCCGGCCUCCUUGGACCCAACGCACUUCCCCUACCACCGCCUUGACGACGCUCCUGACCCCGCUAUUCCCCACUCGCCUCCCGCACACCCCUCCCUCGCCUCUGCUCCCUGCGCUAAUUCUGCCGGCGAUGGGUCUGUGCCUGCUGGUGACGCUCCCAGUGCUCCUGCUGCUGAUGCUGUUUGGGAUGGUGCUGUUGCUGGUGUUGGUGCUGGUGGUGAUGGGAAGGAGGAGGAACGGAAGGAGAAAGAGGAGGGGAACGAGGCGGAUGAGGAUUUCGGGCCUGACAAGCACGAGGGGGUGCACCCAUUUGGCCACGGGGAUGCUGACGAGGCGAGGGCGGACAUGGACGGCAUGGAGCGUCUGUUUCUGCAGGUGGCAUCGGUGCGCAGCAGCCUGCAGAAUGCCCCUGAUGCCGUGCGCCGCGACACGGCCGCCCGGCUGGCCAUGCAGAUUGCACAGAUGAUGGGGGGUGAUGAUGAUGAUGCGUGGGAGUGA